GGGGAUUUCCUCUCUCAGGUUUAGUGUCUGUGCCUGACUUCCAAUAAUAUUUUUCGGACAAAGGUUUUUUUGCACUACAGCUGUUUCUAGUGUGAUUUUUGCCGAUUUGUGACCAAAUGGAAACGCCACAAGGACCACUGCUUCGGAGUCAAAGUCAGGAAAACGAUGUCCCUGCUGGUAGCCAGAGAGGGGGCUCCAACAGGCAGGCGUUUAAGGUUGCCGGGCUGACCCUGCUGGCGACUGUGCUCAUCGUAGGCCAGGCGUUCACAGCCUACAUGGUGUACAGCCAGAAGGACAAGCUCAACACCCUGGAGAGGCGCUCCGACCGUCUGGAGGAGCUGAGCCGCAGACCCUCUGUCAUGCGUGCUCCCAUGAAGAUGGCAGUGCCAAUGAAAACCCUCCCAUUGGUGCUUGAUGAACUGAAUACUAAAGACAUGAAGACUUCGUCCAGUCCUGCUCCCAAGAAAGACACCAUGACGCAGUGCCAGAAGCAGGCUGCGGGACUGACCAGCGCCGACUCCUUCAAGCCCCAGUGUGACGAGAAUGGAGACUACCUGCCUCAGCAGUGUUUGACGAGCCCUAAUCUGUGCUGGUGUGUGGACAAGCGCGGAGUCAUGGUCCCUGAAACUGCAGCCCAAGGCCCUGCUCAGUGCAACACUGAUAAAACUGAGGAGUAAGUGAAAAGGCAGCUGUGUGAAGAAGAUUACGCUCUGAUUUUGUUUUCUUGCUAUACGAAACAUCUCUAGUGUAAGGCAUAGCUUCAGCGUUUUGAGUGGUAUUGCACAUUCAUUCGGAAACAUGAUUACAAGUGAAGACUCUUGUAAGAUAUGCAGACUAUAUUAUGAGUCAUAUCACACUGCUUUAGUUAGUUUGGGACUGUUAGAAACUAUUAUUUUCUCUCAUUUUUGGUUGAAUGGUAUGGGGGAAUAUAGAACUGUCAUUUCUCUCACAAAUUUAAACUGGGAUUAUGUUCCAUAGGUUAAGUUCCAUGUGUGCCAUAUUUUUGGUCUACACAGCAUCGAACUGGCCUUGUUCUGACCCAAAAAUAAGCAGAUGAAACUGUUGUAGAAUUAACUAUUGUCAUGGUGUAACAAGUUUAGGAAUGAAAGCGAUUAAAAUAUUGCUAAAUUGCUUUAGUCCUCCUACACAUUUAUAAUCAACACUGCAGCUCUUUUAAUAUAAAAAAUAUUUUCUGCCUGAUUGCAAUUUUAAUAUCAAAUACAUUUUUCCCGCUUUGUGCUCAAUCUUAGAAACGUUUAAAUUAAGACAAUGUAUCUACUAACCCUUUUAUUAGCUUUAGUCUGUCAAAUGAUAAGGAAUGGUGCAUGGGAAAACUAGGAAGAUGGAUUCAGGUAACUGAAAUAAAAUGAAAGUGGUGGAAAUAAAAUUUUUACUAACAGUAA